AUGUCCAUCGAUACCCUUAUGCAACGCUACGAGGCCGCUGGUCAAGGCCAUCUCUUCAAGUUCUGGUCGAAGUUGACCGAAGCACAACAAGCAGAGCUCAAGGCACAGCUCGAGGCAUUGAACAUUGAACGCGUUAAUCGCGUCUACGCAAAGGCGGUUGCCUCAGAAGCAGAGAUACUCGAUCCUACCGUCCAGGUCGAGAUGAUCCAACCUCUACCAAAAGGCGCGUCAGAAUCUGUCACCGACAAGGUGAAAGCGAAAGAAUGGCGGAAAAUCGGUCUAGAGGCGAUUGGGCGGGGUGAGGUGGGCGUUCUGCUCAUGGCUGGCGGGCAAGGAACUAGGCUAGGGAGCAGUGCACCGAAAGGCUGCUAUGAUAUAGGCCUCCCCUCCCACAAGUCGCUCUUCCAAUACCAGGCAGAGCGUAUCGCGCGUUUGCAAAUCGUCGCCGAGCUAGAAGGCUCGAAACCUGCUGGUUCAGUCGUUGUGCCUUGGUACGUCAUGACGAGUGGCCCAACGCGUCGCGACACAGAAGAGUUCUUCAAGAAGAACGCCUAUUUCGGCCUGAACCCUAAGAACGUCGUCUUCUUUGAGCAAGGAACACUUCCUUGUUUGACGAUGGAGGGCAAAGUCCUUCUCGAGACGCCAUCGAAGGUAGCUGUCGCCCCUGACGGCAACGGCGGUGUAUAUGCUGCCACACGAUCCCCUCUUUCCCCAGGCAAACCCGACACGGUCCUCUCAGACCUCGCCAAACGCAAGAUUCUUUACGUCCAUGCUUACUGCGUUGACAACUGCCUCGUGCGUGUCGCCGAUCCUGUCUUCCUUGGCUACAGCAUCCAAAAGCAAGCCGACUGCGCAGCAAAGGUCGUUCCCAAAACCCACCCCGCGGAGUCUGUUGGCGUUGUCGCAUGUCGAGGAGAUAAAUUUAGCGUCGUCGAGUACUCCGAGAUUUCCAAAGAGCAAGCUGAGCGACGCGACCCGGAGACUGGCGAAUUGUCCUUCCGCGCAGGAAACAUCGCCAACCAUUUCUAUACCACCUCCUUCUUGAACAGGGUUGAAACCUUUGAGGACGACCUCGCCUUCCACAUUGCCAGGAAGAAGAUCCCACACGUUGAUCUGGAGACCGGCGGAUCCGUGAAGCCAGCCAAGCCCAAUGGAAUGAAGCUGGAAAUGUUCGUCUUCGAUGUCUUCCCUCAUACCGAGCGCUUUGCGGUUUUGGAAGUGGAGAGAAAGGAAGAAUUCAGCCCUCUCAAGAACGCCCCUGGAACUGGUUCUGACGACCCAGAAACCAGUCGCCGCGAUCUCUUGGCCCAACACAAGAGGUUCUUAGAAAGUGCAGGUGCUCAAGUCAAUGAAGAUGUUGAGAUCGAGCUUUCCCCACUUGUGAGUUAUGCCGGAGAGGGUCUCAAUGCCGUGAAAGGCAAGGUGUUCUCCAAGUCGGGAUUGGUUGAGACUGUGGAAGAGCUGGAUGCAUUGGCUUAA